UAUAAAGUGGAUGUCUCAGACCCACGCUAUGAUCGCUUUAGUCAUGGCAGCUCGUUUUGGCCUUGUAAUCAUGGCUGUUUUAGCUGCUGCUUUUGCUGAUCCAGAUAUCAAAGUAAUAUGUGAGAGUGACUCUGUCCGGGUCAUAUGGAGGGUGGGUCCCCAGUUUGUGCCGUAUGCAGCUCGGUUCUUCCUCGGAAACUGCAUGCCGUCAAAGUGGAUGGUGUUGCCCACAGGAGAGGGAGAAGCACAUUUUAACUAUAAGUUUUCUGACUGCAGGUUUACAAAGCAGAUAAAAGGGAAACACUUAGUGUAUCAAAGUGAACUGAGCUUCAGGCCGCAGGCAAAACCAAAACCUGCUGUUUUCAAGCAUCCAGUCAAUUGUGUCUAUAAAAGGCCUGAUGACUGGGUGCCAAAGUUCUUGAACCCUGGAUCUGGUGUUUCAUCAGGUCAGAGUAAGCUGGUCUUCCGCAUGGCCCUCCUCAACGAGCAAUUAACAGGUGUCGCAAAGACRAAUGUGAUCCCACUGGGUUCGUUCAUGCCGAUCUGGGUAGCAGUGGAACAAAAGGCUCACCAGCCGCUGCUAAUGCUGAUGGACGAAUGUGUUGCAGCCACCACCCCAGAGCUGCAGCCCAACACCCAGAUCUACCCAAUCAUUGGCAACAACGGAUGUCUUUUUGAAAGCAAGAGGGGAAGCUCGAUGUUCCUUCCUCGGUACCACUCUUCAGCUAUUGUCCUGUACCUUCAGUCAUUCAAGUUUAAUCUAGGAGGCGAGGUGUACAUCCACUGUAAUCUGGUUGUAUGGGACACAACCAAUCUUGGUAGACAAAAGAAGGCUUGCCAUGUAAAGGACAGUGGAAGUUGGGAACUACUUGAUGACCCAUCCAGAAGCUCCCUGUGUGACUGUUGUGACACUGUCUGCUCGCCUCGAAACAAAAGAUCUGAACAGGAGUCUCACAGCAGGAGUUUCAAGUCUGUGUUGGGACCAAUUAUCAUAGUGGAUGAAUCUGACUCAAAGAUCUCACUUUAGCUUUUACAAAUGGAAAGGAUCUGGUCAAGCUUGGAGACCUGGCUGCUGUAUCUGCUUUUUGAUUUAACUGCCACUACUGUAAAACUUGUGAAAUAAAGGUUUUGUUGUUUUGACUUGA